AUGGCUAAUCACUAUGAAGUUCCUAGCUGGGCCGGAAAACCGCCGGUAGGUUUGCACUUGGACGUUCUGAAAGGUGACAAGUUGAUUCAGAAACUGAUGGUAGAUGAGAAGAAAUGUUAUUUAUUUGGCCGGAAUCAACAGCUGAAUGACUUUUGCAUAGAUCAUGCGUCAUGUUCUCGUGUUCAUGCGGCUCUUGUUUAUCACAAACAUUUAAACAGAGCUUUUUUGGUUGAUCUAGGAAGCACCCAUGGAACUUACAUUGGAAGUUUAAGACUAGAAGGAAAUAAACCAACUCAAUUGCCAAUUGAUAGUACAUUUCAUUUCGGAGCAUCAACGCGUUAUUAUAUUAUCAGAGAGAGACCACAAACGGGAUCGAGAACGAUAAUGGAAGAAUUAGAAAAAUCUUCUGAUGACGUUGAUGCUGGUGGGUUGCUUGGAUUGCCUGAAACUGAAACGGAGCUUGAUAAUUUAACAGAAUUCAACACAGCGCACAAUAGAAGAAUAUCAAUGUUAGGAAUAACCGACGACGAUGUCCACAAAUCAAACCGCAAGCGCAAGAAAAAAGGAAUAACAUUUAACGACGAUGAAGAAGUAAUCAACCCAGAGGACGUGGACCCUUCAGUGGGACGUUUCCGUAACCUCGUGCAAACAACAGUGGUUCCUAGUAAAAGAAUGCGACUAGAAGGAGGACUAAUAUCCUUGUCCGACGACAACCACCAGCACCAUCAUCACCAUAUGAAGCACUUCCAGCCGAUAAAUACGUCCCACUUGUACCAAGAUUUGCCUCCGGAGCAAUACACGCCUUCAGUUAACAAUAAUCCUUAUUCCUCAUUGACUUCUGUGACUUCGCGUCUCGGUAUCGCGCUACCGAACCCCGCACCUGACGUGGACAUGACUCCAGCCCAGAUCCAGCAAGACGUCGCUCCUCCGGUCCCCGAGGCUCCAGCCACUGCUGAAGCCCUUGCUCACGAGCCCAAGAAGAAGAAAUACGCCAAGGAAGCUUGGCCUGGAAAGAAACCUUUGCCCACGCUUUUGGUGUAA